AUGGUAGUCACUAGGAAGAGGAAAGCGCGAAACUCUACCAAUACUUCUCUGGAGUUUUUAAACAACAUCAAUGAGAAAAGCCGAAAUCAGAAAGACAAAAAACACGACCCCAUUUGGGAUAUCCCUCUUGAUCCCCCCGAGGAUACAUCCACUUCCAGACGAACUUUACGCUCUCGUUUACGGUCGCAAAUUCAGACUCAGCUUCCAACCACUAAGGAAGCCUCCCGGACGCAAAUAAGAUCCAACGAAACUCAGGAAGACGCGUCGCCCAACACCGAUAAUGAAACAGUGCCCUUAUCGCAAUUCCAGCAAGACAGUGACGAUGGAUAUGAUCAAAAUAGUGGUAGUCAAGACGUAGACGAACCAGAGGAUCUACCAGAACAGGAACAAUCACCUGGUCCACAUCCGACAAUCAACCAUGACAGCGACCAUGACAGCGACCAUGGGGACGAUCAGAAUAGUGGUAGUCAAGAGAGCGGCGAACUUGAGAAACUAGGACCAGAGCAGGAACAAUCACCUGAUCCACUUCCAAUAAUCAACCAGAAUAGCCCGGAGGAGGAUGAGAUCGAUGAUCCCUUUCCAGAGCGUUUUACUUUCUAUUCGGAGGCAGAUCAGCCUGCUGAAAUAGUGCACGAUAGCUCCGCCUCAAAUGUUCAAGAUCCAACAGACUUGCCGAGUACAUCUACACCUAGAAAUUCUGGUAAAUCUAGCAUAUUGCCCGGGACACCAUCUGAGAUCGCGUCUGCCAGUGAAAGCGAGGGCUCUGAUUUCGAGGAAAUGCGGCCACUUGCCCAAGAUGGUUUCCUCAGGUUUGGCAAUGAGAGUGCCGAUUCUGAUGUUGGCCGUUCACGGUCACCUCCUCCAGAUGGUGUUGCGACGGUUAUCCCUUCAAUUUCCCAGGAGGAUCCGAAUCCUGAUAUUGAUUACUACCGAAAUAAUGAAGACGUUGAAUACGCUGGAGAGGAUGAACACUAUGAGCGAGCACGAUCGCCUUCCCAAGAUGGUUCCGCGACGGUUAUCCCUGUCAUCGCUCAGAAGGAUCCGGAUCUCGAUCCUGAAUACUUCCGAGAUAGCAUUGAAGAGGAUGAAGGCGCUGAAGAGGAGGAUGAUGAAGACUAUGAGCGUGAACGAUCUCAUUCCCAGGAUGGUUCCCUUACGGUUACUCGUACAGUCUUACAGGAGGAUAGCCAUCCCGCAUAUCAUCCAGAUUCUGAUGAAAGUUUUGAAGAUUCCGACGGUGUCGAUGUCGAUGCCGAGUAUCAUUGGUAUCUCAAUCAAGAUGACGAAUUGAUGAAAUGGUUCAACGAUAUGAUCAACGAAACCCCUUCUGAGAGAGAUUGGCGAUCCUUAAGCAACAGUGGAAUUGCUUUCCAGUCGCGGAUUUCAGGACCUAUUCCGCGUUAUUUGAAUCCAGCCUGUGAAAUGUUCCAGAUGCUUCGCAAAACUUAUGAUAGCACUGCCCGCCUCCCAAGGAAUCAACUAGAUCUGAUGGAUUCCAUUUUCGAUGAGAUUAAAGGAGCAACAGAUUUUCCGUCCAGCACGAUUGACGAUCCCAAAUCAGCAGGGGAAAAAGUCUUUGAAUUAGAAACGUAUAUGGUUCCCCAGAUGGUCAAACAGAUUAUAUUUAGCUUCAGGGCGUAUAUGACGCUGGGUCGUCUGGCAUAUGACCAGUUCCGUCAAUCCUUACAGCUACUCUUGGAUUGCAGUAAUCGCAUGAACAAUUUACGGAAGAAUCGAUACAUCGACAUCGAAAAGAAAGCUCGUUACUCCUGGUCUCUGCGCGGUCCAUUGAAGAAUAUCCUCAGGGCAAUUGAUGAGAACCGAUUUAGACCUCAAUCACCUGCAAGAACUCAGGAUGUGGAUAUCGAGACGGAAGAGAUUUGGACGCCAGAACAAGAUAAAACCUUGAUUAAGGCAUUACAGCAGUUCACUGGUUAG